AUCAGUCCUUAAGUAACUUAGUAAACCAAAUAUAAAAUACACCAUAUCUAAAAUAGAAAUGCAUUUACCGAAAAAAUGGUCUAAAAGUAGUGGAAGAAUUUUGGAAAUUACAAACGAACAUCUUCAGAAGUAUGCACAUUUAUUAAAGUGGAGAAACAAUGCAUCGAUUUUAGAAUGUGGAGUUGCUUCCGGGGAAAAUUCGCUAAAAAGUAUUAUUCCAAUUCUUCCACAAGAUUACAAGGAAUUUUUUGCAAGUGACAGAUCAAAAGUUAUGGUCGAGUAUGCUAAGAAUAUUAUCAACAUACCAAGAUCUACUGUUUGUGAACUUGAUCUAAACGUAAGACAUCCACCAGUAAAUAUGGUAAAUAGGUUUGAUCAUAUUUUUGGAUUUUUCCUUGUUCAUAUGGUCGAUAAUCCAAGGCAAGCGUUUAGAAAUUUCUACACGAUGCUUAAACCGGGAGGUUCAGUGUUUCUUAAUUUUUUCGAACGCCUUCCAGUUGACGGUAUGUUCCAUAAUUUAAAAUCUCAUCAAAAAUGGGGAAAAUAUCAUCACGAAGAGGCUAUUUCAGUAUAUUAUUAUACACAAAAUCCGAAGGAGGAAUACAGGAAAGAUAUAGAAGCAGCUGGAUUUAAGAAUUAUGUUUAUAAUAACGAAAUUCACCGUCAUGUGUUAGAGUCUGAAGAGGAAUGUCGAGAUCUGCAUAUAUCCGUUAAUCCAAUUCUACAUUACAUACCCAAAGAAGAGUAUGACGAGUAUAUAGAGGAUUACAUAAAAGAAAAAGAAAAUAAUGCAAAUUUUGUUAUUACUUACGAAAAUGGAAAACGAACAAUUUCAACUGAUUAUCACAUGUUAGUGUUUCACGCAACCAAAACAAUGUAAUUAAGAAAUUAAAUAAAAAUGGCGGAUUUCUUAAAAUACGCCGAAAUGUAUUAUUAAUAUUAAUAAACAUAUUUUUAAACGUC